GGGGGAGUACUUACAGAAUGUUAUCUGUAUCAGUGCUGGUUUCUCAUCCCUCCUGAGAGGGUUUGGAUGGAAUGCUGGAACAGGAUGGAGGAGUUCCAAAGGGGGAGUGACGACAGAGGAGUGAGAGCCAUGUAGACAGAGAGAGAGAGAGAGUAAGUGAGUGCUUAGACGUUUAUCUUGGGGAGGCUGGCUCUCACAGGCACCGCUGGACUCCACCAUAACUGGACUGAAGUAAUUUCAGCAAAAGAAAAAAAAAGACAUCAUCAAAAGCUCUGUGUUUGGAAAUCAAAUUGAGUUGCAACAAACUAAACCCAAAGAUGGCCACCGUCGCAGACUGGAUUGUUCAGAACAGGGACAAGAUUGAGAAGGGCAUAGAGAUUAUGGGGCAGGCUGCAGAGGUGCUGGCGUCCACUGUGGGCCAGCUUCACCCCAUCCUGGAGGCGGUGUUUGUGGCCUCGGCAGAGCUGCUGAGCAACCCAGAGGGCAAAGAAGCUCGCUACCUGACUCAGCAGUUUGACAUGGUCAAUCAGAAACUUGAGGGAAUUCAAGAUGAAAUCGACAAGAUCGCCCUGGAGCUGCAGAAGACAUCUCUGAACAAGCAGAACUUUGACCAGGAGGCUCAGAUGAUUAGCCAGUAUGAAAAGUUCCAGGAAUUUGUCAAUGCCAACCCAAAGUUCAGAGAGAAGAAGAAGGAGAAGUUCCUCAAACAAUACGAGAAUACCGAUGGGGACCUGAACGUGGAAGCCCUCUAUUAUGCUGUCACAGGGGAGAACAUGUCAGGAGAGCCGAUGCUGGAUGUUGUAGUUGCCACAGAGCAGAGAAGCAGAAGGGCAGUGGAAGACUUCUGUGCUCAGCUGAAAAAGCUUUUCAUGAUAGGAAUCAUUGCCAUCAUGGGCUACGCCGCCCUUACAGAGGGAAAUGUCGAGGAGGAGAUGGUGAAAAAGUGGCAAGUUCGGAUGGAGGACGUAGAAAAACGGAUGAAAGCAGCUGUAGACGACUGCACGGAAAACUUUGCAGAUCAAGCCAAACUAGACAUGGAGCACCUGCUUCAGGAGAAUCCUGGUCCAGCUGAUAAGGACUUCACCAACUCUCUCUUGGAGUCACUUGUAAAGAAAUAUGACUGGGUGAGCUGGUCUGUCAGGGCCUUCAAAAACAGGGAGACCAUUUUCUUUUUCAACUGGCUGGCAGGAAAGAAGUACCAUGGCAGCGGAGGAGCCAAAUGGUUUGACAUUUUGACCAAGAACAAGAUAAAAGUGGUGAUCUCAUUCUGCGUCAACCCCAAGCCCAUCAACAAAGGUCAGAUCCAGGAGAAGAUUGAGCAGCAUAAGCUGAAGGGGAACAUGAUGGCAGUGGCUCUUUCUCUGAGAAAGGACUUCCCUGACUGCCUGGUCCACGCCGUCAGCCAUUACAAAGCAGUAGUGGAGUCCAACAGCUUCAAUGAGGAUUGUUAUUACUUUGGAAAACACAAAAGAGCCCACCUGUUCAUCCAUCCUGAAUAACAUCAGUGCAGUGGGUGGCUUCUUAAAACAAAUACAUUUUAGUCAUCUUUAUUCCUAUUUGUCGGUGUUUACGGUACAUGUGUCUUUUUUUAAGUGAUAUCUAGAAAUGUAAAAGCCAAACGUGUCUGCCAUCUGGUUAUUGUCUUUUAGAUAAGUUAACUGGAUUUGACAAAAAAAAAAAAGUAGCAGCUGGUGACUUACUAGCGACAUUCCCACUGUUGGUUGAUUUAAAAAUUCUGUGAGAAACACAGUUUCACUGCAUUAGCAGAUGCUUAGCAAUAUUUGUGCAUUGGCUUAACAUGGCUUAAUUGCUGGUUUGCGCUACCAAAACUUGUUUUGCAGAAAAUAAGAGUCACAACUACUCAAAUGUACUCAAGUAAUCCCACCAGCAAGUGUAAAACUCUGGAACUGCUGGUGAAAGAAACAGAAAAACUUAUGAUUUAAACGAUCAUAUGGUGUACUAGUCCAACCUUUAGAUAUAAACCACAACUUCAAACAGUCUUUACUCAAAACCUCCUGAAAAACCACAUUUUGUCCCGUUCUGCAAAUCGGGUUUUUCUUGUCUUCAACAGCCAAGUAGCUGAUGAGCUUUGGAAGUGCUACAGCUGGUUGUUUAACUUUGUUUCCAUUCUGACUUUUAACAACCAUAUCAGAAUUUCCGAUUCAUAUUAAGAAUAAUGGAAACAUUGAUAUUCCUCUAAUGACAAAGCAAAUAAACUAUUUUUUUGACAGGGAUUGUUAAAAAUGCAUCAAAUGUUCCAGAUGUUUACAACUAGCUGGACCUGUUCAAUUACACUAUUUAGUCACUUUUACACAUUAUAUUUACUGUAUGAUUAUAUUUGGGUAUACCACACUAUGAAAUGUAUUAACUAUUCAGCUUUUGGGUGUGAUAUGGUAACCGGGGGCAUAAAAGACAACUAUCUGCAAUCAAACACAAUCAUGAUUUAUAUAUUAAAAUGAUCCUGUGUAUUUUACAUUUAUUUCAAAUAAAUCAAAUAUUAAAUUUUUGUCAAUGUUA